AUGAAUAUCUUGAAAGACCUACGUGAUCAUGUUGAAAACGGGCCUAGUAACGUUGAUUCGAAAACGCUGACACGAACUCUUUUAACGCUACUACAGAACGAUGAUUUAAAUAUACUGCAAACGGAACUCUUCGAUUUCUUGGGCGAUGAAAACAUCGGCUUGAUUUCGUUUUUGAUAGAGAAUCGGGAUACGUUGCUUUCGAUACCAUACGAUGAGCACCUCGAGUUUUUAGAGGGCCCAUCAGAGGAGGAAAGAUUUUUGUCGGAGAAGGAGAUUCGCGAAAGUGUUCUGAAGACAGCUCAGGACAUCAAAAAUCUACAACUAAAUCCCUUGCAAAAGCAGCAGCAAUACCCACACGUUUUCCGGAAAUCAGAAGCCGGAUCAAGUUUCACGCUUUCUUUUUCUGGUCAAAAGUUCGCUUUGCCUGCGGGAACUACACGGCAAUCCUAUGCCUCGCGGGAGGAAAUCAUUAUUCCUUGCGCAGACAAUGGCUUCCAGCGAUCGUUGAAGUUUAAGAAUAUAAGGGUCAAAGAUUUGGACAAGUUUUGCACCUCUGUGUUCAACUACGAGUACCUCAAUGCCGUUCAAACGCUGGUCUACCCUGUUGCGUAUGAAACAAACGAAAACAUGCUUAUUUGUGCCCCUACUGGUGCUGGUAAAACAGAUGUAGCGUUACUUACUAUUCUGAACACAGUAAGGCAGUUUUCGGAAAUAGACGAAGAGGGAAAUAUUGAUAUCGAAUACGAUUCAUUCAAAGUCGUUUACGUCGCGCCAUUGAAGGCCUUGGCGGCAGAGAUUGUCGAGAAGUUCAGGAAAAAGUUGGGUAUAUUUGAUAUUAAAGUCCGUGAGCUCACGGGUGACAUGCAGCUGACAAGGGCGGAAAUAUUCGAGACCCAAGUUAUUGUUACAACACCAGAAAAGUGGGAUGUCGUUACCAGAAAGGCCAAUGGAGAUAAUGAUCUUGUUUCUAAAAUAAAGCUGCUGAUCAUUGACGAAGUGCAUUUACUUCAUGAAGAUCGAGGUUCCGUGGUGGAGACACUUGUUGCGCGUACUUUAAGGCAGGUUGAGAGGUCUCAAUCCAUGAUCAGAAUUCUUGGAUUGUCUGCUACCCUACCUAAUUUCGUCGACGUAGCUGACUUCUUGGGUGUCAAUCGUCACGUAGGUAUGUUUUACUUCGAUCAAUCUUUCCGUCCAAAACCUUUAGAGCAGCAGCUACUGGGUGUUAGGGGAAAAUCCGGAAGCAAACAGGCCAGGGAAAAUAUCGAUAAUGCCGCGUAUGAUAAACUGGUCGAAAUGAUUGGUCGUGGGAACCAGGUCAUGAUCUUUGUUCAUUCCAGAAAGGACACGGUGAGGAGCGCCAGAACGUUCAUCUCUAUGGCUCAGUCUAGGCACGAGAUCGAUCUUUUCGCCGAAGACUCUACCAUUAGAGACUCGUACUCAAGAGAAAUGACUAGUAAUAAGGAUAAAGAUGUUAAAGAACUAUUUCAAUCGGGGUUCGGUAUUCAUCACGCCGGGAUGUCACGGUCAGAUCGUAAUCUGUCUGAGAAACUGUUUAAAGACGGUGCAGUAAAUGUGCUGGUUUGUACCGCCACUUUAGCAUGGGGUGUUAACUUACCGGCAGACUGUGUCAUUAUCAAAGGGACGCAGGUAUAUGACUCUCGGAAAGGUGGAUUCGUUGACUUGGGUAUAUCAGAUGUCAUUCAAAUUUUUGGUCGUGCAGGUAGGCCUGGUUUUGGUUCUGAGCAUGGUACUGGUAUUCUUUGCACAACCAGCGACAGCCUCGAUGACUACGUCUCUCUCAUUACCCAGCAACACCCAAUAGAGUCGAAACUGAGCCCAAAAAUUGUGGACAAUUUAAACGCGGAAAUCUCUCUGGGUAGUGUGACCAACGUUGAGGAAGGUAUUCAAUGGUUGGGCUACACGUACCUUUUUGUUAGAAUGAAGAAAAAUCCAUUCAGUUAUGGUAUCAAUUGGGAUGAACUCAAGGAAGACCCUCAAUUGUAUGAACGUCGAAGGAAAAUGAUAAUAACGGCAGCAAAGAGACUCCAUACCUUACAGAUGAUUGUUUUUGAUGAGGUGUCACUCAACUUCAUUCCAAAAGACUUGGGCCGCAUCUCUUCGGACUUUUAUCUCCUGAACGAAUCGGUGGAGAUUUUUAACUCUUUAUGCAAUCCUAGUGCAACUGAAGCAGAUGUCCUCGCAAUGAUCAGUAUGAGCAGCGAGUUCGAUAACAUGAAGUUUAGAGAAGAAGAGGCAACCGAGCUUACUCGUCUCAAGGAGACUGCUAGCGAGUGUCAGAUUGGCGGCGAGAUUGAGUCUGCGCAGGGAAAGACCAACAUUCUUUUGCAAUCUUACAUUUCAGGAUCGCGAAUAUUUGAUGCAGCACUUUCAUCCGACGCUAAUUAUGUCGCCCAAAAUUCCAUCAGAAUCUGUAGAGCACUUUUUCUUGUAGGUGUCAACAGACGAUGGGGAAAUUUCUCGAAAGUGAUGCUUGAUAUUUGCAAGUCCAUUGAAAAACGGAUGUGGGCCUUCGAUCAUCCUUUGUGUCAGUUCGAAUUGCCAGAAACAGUUGCCAGACGGUUGAGGGAAAAAAUGCCUUCAAUGGAUAGUCUACUGGAUUUUGACUCAGAAGAGUUAGGAGAUUUGGUACACAAUAAAAAAAUCGGGCACAAACUUUCCAGCAUUUUAAAGCGCUUUCCCAUGAUUGACAUUGAUGCAAGUAUUUUUCCUAUAACUACUAAUGUUAUGAGGAUACAUGUUACAUUGCAUCCAUCGUUUCAGUGGGAUGUCAAAAUACAUGGUAACGCUCAGUUUUUUUGGCUCUCUGUCGAAGAGUCGGAUAAGUCACAUCUACUGCACGUCGAAAAGCUUGUCAUCAACAAACGUCAAAUGUCUAAUCCUCACGAAAUGGACUUUAUGAUUCCAUUGUCCGACCCCUUACCUCCUCAGGUCGUCGCGCGAGUUGUCUCCGAUGUUUGGAUCGGUAGCGAAUCGUCGCAAAUAAUAUCAUUUCAACAUCUAAUCAGGCCCCAUAAUGAGACUUUGCAGACAAAAUUGCAAAGACUUAGACCGCUGCCCACGGCGGCGCUUAAGAAUGAAAUUUUGGAGGAAAUUUAUCCCUUCAAGUAUUUCAAUCCAAUGCAAACUAUGACUUUCCAUACCUUAUACAACACGAAUAACAGUGUUUUCGUGGGAUCACCAACCGGUUCCGGAAAGACUAUAGUUGCGGAAAUUGCUAUGUGGAAUGCUUUCAGGACCUUCCCGGGUAGUAAGGUGGUUUAUAUCGCACCGAUGAAGGCUCUGGUCAAGGAGCGUGUGACGGAAUGGAGGAAAAAAGUGACUCCAGUUACUGGAGACAAGGUCGUUGAACUGACGGGUGAUUCGCUUCCCGAUCCGAAAGAUGUAAGAGAUGCAACAAUCAUCAUCACGACGCCCGAAAAAUUUGACGGUAUUUCUCGUAACUGGCAGACACGUAAGUUUGUUCAGGAAGUCUCUCUCAUCAUUAUGGAUGAAAUUCAUUUGUUGGCGAGUGAUCGUGGUCCGAUAUUGGAAAUGAUCGUCAGUCGUAUGAACUAUGUGGCUGCGCAAACAAAACAGCCUGUAAGACUUUUGGGGAUGUCAACAGCUGUCUCGAAUGCCUAUGAUAUGGGUGGAUGGCUUGGUGUAAAAGAUGACGGAUUGUACAACUUUUCCUCGAGUGUUCGACCCGUGCCUCUGAAAAUGUACAUUGAUGGAUUCCCCGAUAACCUUGCGUUCUGUCCUCUCAUGAAGACCAUGAAUAAGCCCGCCUUCAUGGCAAUCAAACAACACUCUCCCGAAAAGCCCGUAUUAAUCUUUGUCGCAUCCCGGAGACAGACACGUUUAACAGCUUUGGACCUAAUUCACUUGUGCGGAAUGGAAAGUAAUCCUAGAAGGUUCCUGAAGAUUCAGGACGAAGAAGAACUUCAGUAUUACUUAUCCCAGGUAUCUGAUGAAACUCUGAAACUAGCCUUGCAGUUCGGUAUUGGACUCCACCAUGCAGGUCUGGUGGAAAAGGAUCGAUUCAUAUCACAUCAACUUUUCCAAACGAAUAAAAUUCAGGUCCUCGUGGCCACUUCAACCCUGGCCUGGGGUGUCAACUUACCGGCUCAUCUGGUCAUUAUUAAAGGAACCGAGUUUUUCGACGCCAAGAUAGAGGGAUAUCGUGAUAUGGACCUCACCGAUAUUUUACAAAUGAUGGGUAGAGCAGGUAGACCAGCUUUCGAUACGUCUGGUACUGCAAUCGUUUACACUAAGCAGUCCAAAAAAAUGUUUUAUAAGCAUUUCUUGAACAUUGGCUUUCCCGUUGAGUCGUCGUUACACAAGGUCUUAGACGACCAUUUGGGAGCUGAAAUUGCAUCUGGCUCGAUAAAAAACAAGCAGGAGGCCAUCGAAUUCCUGAGCUGGACAUUUUUUUUCAGAAGGGCACAUCAUAAUCCAACUUUUUACGGUAUAACAGAAGACACAUCCCCAACUGGUGUCAACAAACACUUGAGUGAACUUAUUGACACAACUUUGGAGAACUUGGCGGAAUCUAGUUGCGUUUCAAUAAAGGGGGGCGAUAUAGAGCCUUUGCCCUACUUGAGCAUUUCAUCCUAUUACUACAUUUCUCAUAAAACAAUUCGUGAGCUUUUGAAGCAUAUUCGGGAUGACGCAACAUUUCAGGAUGUGCUCAAAUGGUUAUCCGUUGCCGUUGAAUUUGAUGAGCUACCGGUCAGAAAUGGUGAGAUUAUCAUGAACGUGGAAAUGUCAGCGCAAUCUCGUUACUCUAUUGAAAGCACCUUCACCGCCGAAGAAGAGCGUCCUUUGUGGGAUCCACAUUUGAAGGCCUUUUUAUUAUUACAAGCGUAUUUCAGUCGUGUGGACUUACCUAUAGCUGAUUAUCAUCAAGACCAGCUAUCUGUACUGGAUCAGGCAUUGCGUAUACUUCAAGCGUACGCUGAUGUAGCUGGUGAGCUAGGGUAUUACUCAACGGUCUUGACUAUCAUCAAGAUGAUGCAAUGUGUGAAACAAGGCUGCUGGUACGAGGAUGACCCAGUCAGCCUUCUUCCCGGUAUGAGUCUACAAAGGCUUCCCAGCUCUAAGUUUGAAGAGGGAGGCUACGCAUUGGAGCGCACAGCGUCAACAACACUGGUAGAUAUUGGAAAGCUAGGCUACAAGAAACUUGAACAGUUGGCCAGGAGACUUCAUGUUGCAGAUGACUACACGAAAGAUUUCAUUCAACAAGCAAUGAGACUGCCGAUACUCACAGAUAUUCACGUCGAGCCUCAAAGUAGUCCAAGCAGUCUGGUCAUCACCGCUAGACACGCUGCGUCCAAGGCGAACAAGAACUUCGAGGUUUACUGUGAUAAGUUUCCCAAGACGCAAAAAGAAUUGUGGUUUGUCAUUGGUUAUCAAGGCAAGGAAUUGCUCAUGGUCAAGAGAUGUCAGCCUAGAAAACAAAGCAACAAUGUUAUCUUAAUCUGCGAUUUUGUCGUGGCGGAAGAAUUGCAAGGACAAACAUUAAAUUUCACCAUCAUAAAUGAUGCGCUCGACAUCAGAUACGAAUUGCAGCAUACACUAGCCUAG